AGAUUUUAAGAAAGAAUGGGCAACGAAUUCGUUUCUUGCAGCCUUGUCCUUGUGCUUUUGAUCACGCUUGCUCCCGGAAAUGUAGCAGGAAGUCAUGGUAAUGUUCUGCGACUCCCCACCAUGGAUGGAAAAGAAGAAGCCGGCGAAUCCGCACCGUCAAACUCCGGCAUGAGUAUGGGGAUGAUGAUGCGGAUGGGAAGGGAGGAGGUGGGGAAGGACCCUGGCUUUAAGGUCUUCUUCUUGAUGAAAGAUGUCCAAGUUGGGAAAACAAUCCCCGUCAACUUUCCUCACUUAAAAGAAACAGACCCUUCACGCACUUUGCCCAGAAAAACUCCGACUUCCCUUCCUUUCUCAUUAAAGGCACUUCCUUUCCUCCUCCGCUUCUUCUCUAUCCCCCCUGCUUCCCCACAAGCUUUAGGAAUCGAAAAAACACUUACCGCUUGCGAGACUGAACGACCGGGAGAGUACAAAGCAUGUAUUACUUCAGUCGAUUCCCUCAUCGAUUUCGUCGGCGGCUACUUCGGAUCAGACGUCCGAUUCGAAAUCCUCAAAACUUCUGCAAGUUCAAACUCAAGUCCACUUAUCCAAAACUACACUGUUUUUGAACUGAAAGAGAAAACAUCUGCAAAAUCACUACCGUGCCAUAACUUACCGUAUCCUUAUCCGGUGUUCUAUUGCCAUAUACUGAUAGACACGACCAACAGAAUGUUCAAGGUAAUCCUGAGGGGUGAAAAUGGCGAUUUGGUGGAUGCGGUUUUAGUUUGUCACAUGGAUACCACUAAAUGGAAUCGUAAUUAUUUCGCUUUUCGUCAACUUGGGGUUGAGCGAGGAACCACCGAAGCUUGCCACUUCUUCCCCGCUUACGAUCUCGCUGUUGUACUUGUUCCCAAGUAGAACAAACUGAUAAUAGUAA